AUGCCAGGCUUCGAGUACCACCGCGAGACCGAAACCGUCCAGCCCUCGGCAGACACUCCCCCCGCCUCCGAGCCCGUCUCCCCAGUGAGCGGGUCCCAUGAGGGCGUGUAUUACAACCCCCGCCUCGACCCCAAGAACUUCCUUGAGGGCCCUCUCUCCCACAACCCCGCCACCCGCCUCCGCCAAAUGCUCGCGCGCCCCGGCAUCGUGGUUGCGCCAGGAAUCUGCGAUGGCAUCAGCGCGCGCUGCGCCCUCGAGGCUGGGUUUGAUUGUAUGUACCAAAGCGGCGCUGCGACGACCGCAUCGCGCCUGGGCAUGCCCGACGUGGCGAUCGCCACCCUCAACGACUUUGUACAGAGCGCGCAGAUGGUCUGCAGCCUCGACCCCACCGUCCCCGUCAUCGCGGACGCGGACACCGGAUUCGGCGGGCCCGCUAUGGUCGCGCGCACAGUGACGCAGUACGUGCGCGCCGGCGUGGCUGGCUUCCACAUCGAGGACCAGGUGCAGACGAAGCGCUGCGGGCAUCUCAUGGGCAAGCAGGUCGUCUCGCGCGAGGAGUUCCUCCAGCGCAUCCGCGCCGCGGUCAUCGCGCGCGACUCCAUCCCCGGCGGCUCGGACUUUGUCAUCAUCGGGCGCACCGACUCGGCACAGGUCCUCGGCAUGGAGGAGGCCGUCACGCGGCUGAAGCUUGCGGCCGACGCUGGUGCGGAUGUGUGCUUCAUUGAAGGUGUGAAGACAGCAGAGCUCCUCAAGGACACCGUCGCCGCCCUCGCGCCUAAGCCGGUGCUCGUCAACGUCAUCUCUGGCGGGCUCACGCCGUCGUUCACGUGCCAGGAGGCGGAGGCGUUGGGCGCGAAGAUCAUCAUCUUCUCCCUUGUUUCAUGUGUCGCAGCGGUCCAUGGCAUCCGCGAGGCAAUGCGCUCGCUGAAGAAAACCGGCACGGACUUCUCGUCCGCACGGGGAAUGGACCCGAAGGCAUUCUUUGAAGUGAUGGGUCUCAACGACGUCAUCUCACUUGAUGCGCGAGCGGGCGGUACCGCAUUUGAGGUCGUCUAA